UCCAGGCAGGCUCAAAAGGCGACGACGGUAGUGCGGAGCGGUGGUUGGUGCCGCUUCUGCCGAGGGACUGAUCAGCUUCUCCGGGAGCUGCGGAUUGAAAGCUUCGCGGCCAGAUGUAUAAUGGGGACUGGGGCCAGAUGAUGGGUGACCCAGUCACUCUUAAUGUUGGAGGACAUCUGUAUUCAACAUCAAUUUCCACACUAACGAGGUACCCAGACUCCAUGUUGGGUGUAAUGUUCAGGGGAGAUUUCCCCACUGCCAAAGACUCCCAAGGAAAUUAUUUCAUUGAUAGAGAUGGACCUCUCUUCAGAUACAUCUUGAACUUUCUGAGGACAGCAGAUCUGACAUUACCUCAUGGCUUUAAAGAAAUUGAUCUCCUUAGAAAAGAGGCUGAUUUCUAUCAGAUAGAACCUUUAAUUCAUUGUCUGAAUGACCCUAAGCCGCUUUAUUCAUUAGACACCUUUGAGGAGGUCGUGGAACUGUCUAGCACACGCAAACUUUCCAAAUAUUCUAAUCCAGUAGCAGUUAUAAUAACACAAUUGACAAUCACAACAAAAGUGCAUGCUCUCCUGGAGGGUAUCUCAAACUAUUUCACAAAAUGGAAUAAACACAUGAUGGAUACCAGAGAUUUUCAGGUGUCCUUCACAUUUGGACCCUGUGAUUAUCACCAGGAAGUGUCUCUUCGUGUUCAUUUGAUGGAAUACAUUGCAAAACAGGGCUUUACUAUUAGAAUGACGAGGGUACAUCAUAUGAGUGAGAGAGCAAAUGAGAACACUGUGGAACACAACUGGACUUUCUGCAGACUAGCCCGGAAAACCGAUGAAUGAGCAUCUUCACAGUACCAAAUGCUAGCUACACCAUGACAGCAUUGGAUCACUACAUAAAUUUAUUUGAAUAUACAGGUAACCAUGUUCUGCAGCUCUGUAAUAUUUUGUACAGAUCCAUAUUCCUAUGCAUACUGUAAUCAAGUUCUGUUCAAAUCAGGGAGUGUAAGAUGUAUAUUCCUUUAACAUGAAAUUUUGAUUAACAUUUUAAACCACUUGUUUUCUAAUAUUGAUAUACUUUUCUGUUGGUGCUCCUUGUGUACUUAUGAAAUAAAUAGUUAAUAAAGUAUGGUUCUUUGCUAUUCUAUAAAUAAAGAGUUUGGAUCUGCAAGUCCAAAAUGUUUUGAGGUAGUCUAUAUGGGUGCAGAUGACUGCCAUCAAUGUUCUUGUGGCUCUUUUCAGUGCAUGUGAACACAUUUCUGUGGUUUAGAUUUUCAAAUGUGUGAUUGCACUGAUGAUGCUUCAUCGUUUAUAAUGUUCUUUGUAAAAUUCUUCAACUUACAGAUGUGCAUUCAUUUCUACAGGCAUUUGGAAGUUGGUUUUAAGCAAAAGGUUGAGCCUUUAAAUGUUCCAGCAAGUUCGUAUAUCACAUAGUGAUUUCAGUGGGAAGAUGAGGAUUGUGGAUGAACAUAGUAGUUCUAAUCAGUAUUGCUCAUACACUACUAUAUGAACCUUGAGCCUUUGCAUGAAUCACUUCCUAAUUUGUAGUUAAAUUUCAAUAUAAACAUGUCUUUAGGCUACAGGAAAUAUGUCCUCUGUUUUACAUCCAUACCAUCUACUUCUAAACUUCCAUGAUAGUUGUGUACAUGUAGAUAAUUGGAUCCAUCCCAGACUACAAACUAAUUUCAUUGGAUUAUUUAGAACUGAAUGAAAUCCCAUUCAUAGCAUAAUCCUGGGGUCCAUGGCUGCCUUGGUUAAUGGUAGGGCUCCACAGCAUAAAGAGGUUGGGAAACUUUGCCAUAAUCUAUCAAACCUGUGUUGAACUUUGUACAGCUGGCAAACAGAAUUUUCACUUAACUUUUGGUGAAUGUCAGAAAUUUAAUAAUAUUGUAAGUGUAAUUGGCUGUGUAGGAUUUAAAAUUAUUAAUGUUUGAUCUUGUUAGUCUUGGUCUUAUGGUGAUUUCAUGCAACAGCAACCAGCUUCCCAGAAAAGAUAGAUGUGUAUUUCGAUCCAAUUGAAUAUUCAACCUACCAGAAUUUUGCUGAGUGAAAUUUGAAUAUUAAUAUUCUAAAUUUAACACCUGUAGACCUUACAAAUCUGUAAUUACAGGGGAAAGAGGAUCAAUGUAAACAUUUGACAUCUAAUGAUUUUUGAAAUAAACUGUUUAAAACUG